AUGGGCAACAUCCUCCCCGCGCCCACCGGUGCCGCCCAAGCAGUCGUUAAAGUCCUCCCCGAAUUGGCUGGAAAGUUCCACGGCAUCUCCAUUCGCGUCCCCGUAACCAACGUGUCCCUCGUCGACCUCACCGUAACCCUCUCCACCCCCGUCUCAUCCAAAGAAGAGCUUCUCUUCCCUUUCCGCGGCACAGCCGCACUGCCCCCAUCCCUCUUCUCUGGCCAGGCUAGACUUCAGACGCCUAGCGUACCCCCUCUCGCUGGCGUAUUGGGCAUUUCGGACGAGCGAUUGGUAUCGAGGGACUUUUUGGGCAGUGCUUAUUCAUCGGUCAUUGAUCUCGAUGCGUGCUGUAUGCUCAAUCCGACGACUGUCAAGAUUGUGAGCUGGCGCGACAACGAGUAUGGCUUCUCGACGCGUAUGUGCGAUCUGCUUGUGUAUAUGAACCGGUACGAGUAUGAGCACCGGGGCGAGCACGGGGAGUCUCCAUAG